AUGAGGUCCAGCUAUACCAUCCAGAAGAAAGUGCAAGUCGUGGAAUGGCACCGCAAGAACGGAGCUAACGUGAGCAAGACUGCGCGCCAUUUCGAAGUUGACCGGAAGCGUGUAUGGGAAUGGAAUACGAGCUACCAAGUACUUCUACAACAAUGCCAUGGAACGAACAAGUUGAAGAGAGCAAUAGGUAGGGGACGACCCGUUUUUAGUGAAGAAAUCGACGACGCACUGAUGGACUUCCAGGAGACUGAGAGAUCCGCCGGUCGAGCAGUCAGCAAUCGCCUGCUUCAAGAGCAUGCGCGGAAACUGGCAGAACAGAUGGGCCUAGGAAACUUCCAAGCGUCAUGCAAGUACAUAGCUAACUGGAAGAAGCGAUUUAAUGUGUCUAUGCGGGUGGGGACCAACGAAAGUCAGAAGCUGCCUGCCGACUACGUUGAAGCAAUUACGGUGUUCCGAAAGGCUGUGUCAACUCUGCGCCUGGAGCACAACUACUCGGACUACAACAUAGCCAACAUGGAUCAGACUAUGGUCCGGAUGGAUUGCCCUGCUGCGAGAACCAACAAUGCUGUCGGCGAGUCGAGUAUUCGCAUCGCCAACACCGGCUGUGCUCGGCGAGGGAUGACGGUGGCCUUGUGCGCGACGGCAGCGGGCAUCAAGCUACCUGCUUUGAUCAUACUGAAGGAGCCAACCGGCCGGAUUCCCCCCAGAGUACUCUUUUCUCUAAGGAUUCCAGGUAUGUUGUAAUUAAUCACCAUUCAGGGUAUAAAUGUCAAAACAAAGCCUUAGAAAUACGUAAAAAUAAGGCUGACAGCAUUUUUUUUUUUAAAUAGAGCGACUGUUGCGUCAUCCAUUGACAAAACGCCACAGCCCGUUUUGUUUUGUAUCGCCCGAUUUCCGAA